CCCCGUUUUCCCGCACCACCUAUAACUUUCGGCAGCGCGUGAACGGGACUUUUAUUUUGACCCGUCCGUGACAUCACACGGCUGGACCGCUCUGCUCAGGCUCAGGGCUCUCUGUGGCUCUGCUCUGAAUCAACAAAGGAACAAGAAACUGAGAAUCUCUGAAACCCAUGUGACACGCUACUAUCAAGAUGGCAUUUAUUAAAGAGGAGAUUGAAGACGUGAGCAUUUCAGAAGCAUUCAGAGUGAAAACUGAAGAUGCUGAGGAUGACACAGACCUAGUGGUGAUGAAAGUGGAGAGUCAAGAACUGUAUGAAAUGGAGGAAGAAGAUCCAUACGAUAAACACCACAUAGAAAAGCUUGAAAAGGAGCCCUCACAAAAAAAGCCUCGAAAGAAAAGUUUUAAAAACUGUUACAUCUGCCCUCAAUGUGGCAGGAAUUUCACUUAUGAAAAAAGCCUUAAAAAACACGAGUUAAUGCACAGUGUGCAGUGCCCCUUCACCUGCCAACAGUGUGGGAACGUUUUCACUACGAACGGAAGCCUUAAAAACCACAUGAGAAUUCACACCGGAGAGAAGCCUUUCAAAUGCGAUCAGUGCGGAAAGAGUUACACUCGAAGCAAGACCUUAAAGGAUCACAUGAGGAUUCACACGGGGGAAAGGCCUUUCAAGUGCGAUCAGUGCGGAAAGAGUUACAUACGAAGCAAGACCUUAAAGGAUCACAUGAGAAUCCACACGGGGGAAAGGCCUUUCAAGUGCGAUCAGUGCGGAAAGAGUUUCAUACAUAAAGUAACCCUUAAUUUGCACAAGAGAAUUCACUUAAGAGAGAGCCAUUUUAUCUGCCACCAGUGUGGAAAAAGUUUCAAAGACAUAGAACGCCUCAACAGGCAUGUGAUAAUUCACACCGGAGAGAAGCCCUUCAAGUGCCAGCAAUGUGGAAAGGGUUUCCAGAUAAAAAACAACCUAAAGGCGCACAUGAGAUGUCACAUCGAGGAGAAGCCUUUCAAGUGCCACCAGUGUGGGAAGUGUCUAAAACACGAAACGUCCCUCAAUUACCACAUGAGGCUUCACACCGGAGAAAGGCCUUUCACCUGCCUUCAGUGCGGAAAGAGUUUCAUUCUCGAAGGACAGCUCAGCCGCCACGUGAGGUACAUUCACACCGAGGAGAAGCCUUUCGUGUGCCAUUACUGUGGAAGGAUUUGCGAGAGCAAAUCAAACCUUAAGAUUCACAUACAAGUGCACACGGGGGAAAAACCGUUCUCUUGCCCGCAGUGUGGGAAGAGUUUCAUACAUAAAGGACUCCUGAAUUAUCACAUGAGGCUUCACACGGGAGAGAAGCCCUUCAGCUGCCAUCACUGUGGAAUGAGUUUCAGAUAUAAAGGACUUCUUAAUGGUCACAUGAGAAGCGUUCACACCAAUGAGAAGCCUUUUACGUGCCAUCACUGUGGGAGGAUUUGCGAGAGCAAAUCUAAACUCCAGAUUCACAUGCGGAUUCACACCGGAGAAAAGCCGUUCUCCUGUCCUUGUGGCAAAAGCUUCGCACUUAAAGGAAACCUUACGGCUCACAUGAGGCUUCACACCGGAGACCGGCCUUACAUGUGCGUUCAGUGUGAGAAGAGUUUCGCCUAUCUAAGACAGCUGAAAAGUCACUUGCAGACUCAUUUUGGAGAGAAAUCCCAGUGUUCUGAAUGUGGCAAGAAGUUCGCGAAAACGAGCAAUUUCAAAAAUCAUCUGCGCAUUCACUCGGGGCUAAGGCCGUUUGAUUGUUAUCGUUGUAAUAAAAAAUUCGCUUCGCCAUCGCACUUAGAGAUACACCUGAAAAGUCACGCAGACAAGAGACCUUAUUUGUGUUCUCUGUGUAAAAAAAGAUUUAAAUGGCUGUGCAAUUUAAGAUCGCACAAGAGAUUUCAUAGCCGUAAACCUAUUUCCAAAGCAGCCAUAUUGAAACGAAAGCAAGAAAUACAUACUGGAGAAAAAUCUGAUACUGUAAAAGGUGGUGGUCAUGUGAUGGCGUCUCAGUUGUGAUAAGGUUACUGCUCUUGAUCAGUUUUAAGUCAUGUUUUGGACAUGGCUAGACAUUUCUGAUACUGUUGUGGGGUUAUGAGUGGGGAUGAAGAAGAUACUGUAUCAUUUUUUUCCAGCUUUACUCCUCUCUAGAGGCAAUUCCUGGCCGAAACAUUACUCCACUUGAAAACGAACCUUUUAUGUAAGCAUAAUCAACCCUACAUUUAACUCGGAAAUGUAUUUCAGUAGCAUUUUGCAAUUAAUAUCGUUCAAACCUUCCAGUGAGAUAGAUAUAUUAAAAUCUCACAUUUGACUUUUGAGUUUAGUCUGCAUCAGUUUAGCAACUAGUAAACCAGCUCUUCUUUAACAGUGGGUGGGAGGCUUUAGUGAAAGUGUAAAUCCUUUCGUUUAAAUGUGCUUGCGUUAAUAGGCUGUAAACCGUUCCGUUAUGUUUUGUAUUGACUUGACAUGGCUUCGUUAUCCUCUCGCCAAUUCCCAUAAUUUUAAGUUAACCUUCAAACACAUUUUAUGCACAGGUGCACAUAGCCUGUCCGUCAACAUUACAGUGCCACCCUCAGGCUCAAUUACACAAGGUCACUGUAGACCUCUUCCAAAAGUCUGUCUGCAUGUCUUCCGUGAUUGACUCGUACAUUUUAUAAUGUAAGCUAACAUUUACAACCCAGAAUCUGGCCCGUGUCCGUUCAUAGCUGCUAUUGGUACUCACGAGUGAAUUUCAAAUACAAACUCUUAAUAUCAUCCUACAUUAAAACAAGUGUCCAAAUUCAUCUUCAUGCCUUUUCCCAAUUCACUGUAGCAAGCCUAUAAUACUCUUUUGAGUAUUCUCAUUUCCCACACUGUUUGUCUUCUCUAUAAACACGUGUCCAGUUAUUAUGUGAUGCAUGUCGCUACAAUAAAUAGUGUUUGACUAUAGCUAGGAAACUAUAUGUGAAUGAUGAAAAAACUGUUUCAUGCAUUUAAUUCUGUCUAAAAUAGGCCUAAUAGUCUUUUACCAUUCGAAUGUUUUAGGUACUUUUGUAUUUUUUACUAUUUUAUGCAUACGUAUGUCAGUGUUCAUAAUAUUGUACCUUUUUUUCCAACGUGCUGCCUUUUCUACUUUACUUUGAUAAUUAAUCAGAAUAUCCAAAACAGUGGGCUAUGUAUGGACUCAUCUGACCAAUCGGAAAUGUCAAGUUUUAAAUAAACGAGACUUGGAAUCUCAGUCA